AUGUCUCACACUAACAGUACCGAAGAAGCCGCACAAGUUCCACGGCGAGGUGACGAUGCCAAUGUAAUUCAACAACUUGUGCAAGAAGGGGCAGGAACGUCAAUUUCACAAGCUACUCCACCGGACCAAGAGGUAUAUUUGCAGUUUAAUUUGCCGUGUAUUGUCUUUUGCAACUUUCCGCAUGCUCUGUCCCUGCUUAUGAUCUUUUGUUGCCGUACAGAUUUUUCUUGCUCGUUGUAGCAUGCCAUUUGCUUACUAUUCCUUUAUCUUAUAUCGCCUUUGCAAUCUAGACUGACACUAUAACUUAUAAGACUACUGAUCUCCUUUCUUUCGUUUUCAUGCUUUCUUUGCUAAGUUUCCUGGCAUUUUUGAGCAAGAUUGUUCGAUUUUCUGUUUCUCACAUUUUGUUUGCAUAUAUCGGUAGUUUGUGCAUGAUUAGCUAGUCCUUCUUGUAUUCUUAAUUUUGCCCAAGAAUGUGUCCCCGAGUUGUGAUUUAUUCCAUUUUCUUUUAUGUGGUUUUGCCCAUCCAUGCAAUUAAAACGAGUUCAUGCGUGGCUUGUUCUGCUUCAUUUGGAUGUAUUGUUUCAUAUUUUACCACAGCAUUAGUGUUGUUCCGUUUCUUUCCUCAUGCAUAUGGCAGGCCUAACAGUAUAUUCCUAUUCAGCUGUAAGUCUCAUUUGUUUCUUCGCACACACUUGGCUGAUUUUGUGUUGAAUUAUGUUUUCCUGCAUUGUCAUUGAGAUGUUUACUUAAUUUGUUUCCUCAUGCAGAUGUUAUUGGCUUUGAUUGAUAUUUUCCUGCAUUGAGAUGUUUAUUCAAUUUGUUUCCUCAUGAAGAUGUUUAUUGGCCUUUGCAUUAUAUUUUUCUGCAUUGAGAGUUGAGUUAUAAUAUAUUUUCCUGCAUUGAGAUAUUUAUUCAAUUUGUUUCCUCAUGCAGAUGUUAUUGCCUUGAGUUAUAUUUUCCUGCAUUGAGAUGUUUAUUCAAUUUGUUUCCUCAUGAAGAUGUUAUUGGCCUUGAGUUAUAUUUUCCUGCAUUGAGAUUUUUAUUUAAGUUGUUUGCUCAUGCAGAUGUUAUUGGCCUUUAGUUAUAUUUUCCUGCAUUGAGAUAUUUAUUCAACUUGUUUCCUCAUGCAGAUGUUAUUGGCCUUGAGUUAUAUUUUCCUGCAUUGAGAUGUUUAUUUAAGUUAUUUGCUCAUGCAGAUGUUAUUGGCCUUGAGUUAUAUUUUCCUGCAUUGAGAUGUUUAUUCAAGUUGUCUGCUCAUGCAGAUGUUAUUGGCCUUGAGUUAUAUUUUUCUGCAUUGAGAUGUUUAUUCAAGUUGUUUGCUCAUGCAGAUGUUAUUGGCCUUGAGUUAUAUUUUCCUGCAUUGCGAUGCUUAUUUGAUUUGUUUCUUCAUGCAGAUGUUAUUGGCUUUGAAUUAUAUUUUCCUGCCUUGAGAUGUUUAUUCAAUUUGUUUCCUCGUGCAGAUGUAUACUGUUCUUGCGUUCGGUUUCCUGCCUUAUUUGUUUAUUUAUUUUGUUUCCUCAUGCAGCUCAUAACCCUAAUUUCUGUUUCCUGCAUGCAAUGUUUCGUUCAAAUAUUUGAUUGGUUUGUACCUUUGUUUUCCCUUAAUCGGAAUAUGACCUAAUUAUAAUUUCUGCCUCUAUACGCUUGGUCUAUUUUCAUCCAUUCCCUAUUGUUCUUAUGCAUACAUUUCCCGUGGGGUUCUUUGUAGUAAUACUAAUGUCAGAAUAACACGGAUUAUUCCGUCUGUGUUGGAAAUUUGUUCCUGUUUAGUUUUCGUUCUGCCAUGUUUACUUAUCCUGUUUUGUGUGUCCAUUGUUUUCUAUAGAUAGGUCGUAUUCCCCAUCCUGUGUUUAUGCCUCAGUCAUUCAGUUUACAUGGGUUUUGGCAUUUCAGUUUUCUUAGUUAUAGAUUCCCCGACCUUUUGUUUGCAGAAACAUGGAGUAGAUUUUAUUUUGUUAUGCAUGCUUUGUUGUGCAAUCUCGUGAUACUAUAUCUGUUUCCCCUUAUUAACAUGUUACUUUGUUUUCUUUCCUUAUGGCGAAGUGUGCUUUUGGACCGAUAUUAAUGUUUGCGGAUCAUGUUUCUUAUGUCUCUAGCUUAUGUCAUGCCUUGUUUCUUUGUAUCACGUUUUGCUUGCAUAUUUUAUAAUCGCGAUAUACCAUUUUAAUGCCCUUGUCUUAUAAUUUUCUUGCCGGGCGUUUUAUUCGGUUUCUAUUUACCUUGUGGUGUAGUUUAUACGUAUUUUCCUUGCUAUGUUAGUUUCAAUUUUAUAUUUCGCUUUGUUUUGCUUUCCCUUAGUUACGCACUAGUUUUAACUGCCAUGGCGUUCAGUUUGUCUAAGGUACCUAUGUCUUAUACGCCUUUUGUUUUAUUUCUUAGAAUGACAUUCCUGCAUUGCUCGAGCGGAUAAAAACUUUAGAGAGUUUGUCACAGCCAGACGUCCCAUCUCAUUUAUUACGCUUGUCUCAAUAUGGUUUACGUAGUGCGUCUGAUUUUGACAAAUAUCACGCCCUCAAUUUAGCCGAAGCGGCAGCAAGAGAAGCUCACCGCGUUCAUGACUCGAAGGCAUCGUUUUUGGAUGCAGCCAUUCAGACAUUGCAGUCUCAUGUUUCCAUCUCCCUUGACAAGUUUCAAGCCUAUUUCACUGCUCUAUUUUGUGACAAAGAUUAUACCAAGAUUCUCAAGUGUAUUGCUCGUGUUGAUAAAGUGUUCCAGACUAAGGCACCGGCUUCUCGUUCCUCUGUUGAACGGUCCAAUUCCCCUAGUCCAGCCCACUGUGGUUGUGUUGUGUGUUUUCAUUGUGGAAUUCCUGGACAUAUAGCCCCAAACUACUUCAGACGUCGCUGUGAGUCUGGUUGGCAGAGCAAUGCUCCCCUCGGUCAGCGCUUUGCACCAUAUCCGAGAUUGUUAGAACAAUCCCAACAGGACCAAUCAUCAAACAAUUUGCCACGGCGUUAGCAUGUUUCUAUGACAAACGUUUGAUCGUGUUGUUGUGCACAUUCUUACACUGUUAUACAUUUGCAUAACUUGUUAAUAAAAUUUGUUCUCUGCAUUUUGUGUUGUUGUUUGUUUUUUUCCCCUCUCUUCUGAAAGGUUUUCUUGUCUUUACUUGGGUGCCUUUUCUUUUCGACUGUUUUGAACAGGAAUCCAAUUCCUGCUCGGAUUACCGGGACUCAAAGCUGUCAUCCCCUGGGUUCUGCUUUCAUAUUCUCUCUCUUACGUUCAUCUUUGUUCUUUCUGCUAGCCUCCCACCAAAAAAGUACGUCUCGAAUCUGUAUUUCGCUUGUGGGAACCUGAACCUGAUUUUUCUCCACAUGAUAUAAUGCCUCCACCUCCGCAUUGGGUUUGUUUUGAUGGAUCGGACCCCAAUAAAUCCAAGGGGAUGACAGUGAAUAAUGCCCAUAUAUCCGAGCAGUUCCUUCAAGAUGUUCUUCGUGGCGAAAAACUUGCUGAUGUUACUCUUCUCCUUUUUCGCGACCCGAAGCAUUUUACAGCGGGUAAUCUCCAUAGCAAAACUGUUCACAAACUUCCCAUCAUGCAAACCGUUUUUGACGUUCAUUUCAAAUACUAUCCGCGAGCGUCUGGCCUCCGGUAAAGCUCGUAAUGCCCUUGACGGUUGAACCCACUAAACCACGAUUGUGUAAUGAUAACCGGUUUUUGAAUCUUUGGAUGAAGGAUACUCCGUUCCGGCUGGACACCAUUGUCUCUCUCCCGCGCUACGUUUCACAAGAUUCCUUCCAAUCUGUUUGCGAUGACAAAUCUGGAUAUGACCACAUUUUUCUAUCAGAAGAUAGUCGCACCCUACUUUGGCUUCCAAUGGGCCGGGUGGUACUUUGUCAGUAACACUAUUCCGUUUGGCUGGAAGACUUCAGCGUAUAUCUACCACUCAACUGGUUUACUUGUCUCUCAUUUCUUUCGAUCUAAUCUUAUCCCUUGUUCUUUGUAUAUUUCUAAUCUUAUCCCUUGUUCUUUGUAUAUUGAUGACUGUCACACUGGUGAGCUCAUUUUGCCUUUGCUUCUCCCUACAGCAUACCAGCAGUUAGCCUCGGCUUUCGAAAGGCACAUGGCGGCAGCCUCUGCUGCAAUUUUCUUUGUCUGUUAUACGUUAGUUUCGUUAGGGUAUUUCAUUGGGCUCGAUAAAUCAGUUUUGUUACCUUGCCAGGUAGUACCAUAUCUAGGUUUCAGUAUUGACUCCCGCGAACAAGCGUUUCGUAUUCUUCCUACCAAAAGAGAAAAAUUUUGUUCAUUGAUUUGCUCUGUGCUUUCGUCAUCCUUCAUUGAUAAAAAACUCUUCAGCGUCUAUGCGGAAAGUGUAAUUCGUUAUCUCUGGUCGUACCAGGUGCUCGUAUGUUCACUAAUGAAAUCAAUUUGGCUAUUAGCAAAGCUGCUCGUUCUUCACGACCUAUUUUGCUUGUCGGCUGUCUACAGGCAGAAAUUGAGUCUUGGGACUUUUUAGAUAACUGGCGGGGGUCUUUACCUUGGCGGUCAGAAUUUCACCAUCAACUUGUUCUAUUCUCUGAUGCUAGUUCUUCUGGCUGGGAUGGUAUCUUCAACCCUGGCGCCCUUUCGGUGAGCAUACAAGAUUAUUGGCAGCAAACCCACUCUACACUUGACAUCAAUACUAAGGAGAUGCUCGCUCUUGCUAACGUCCUCGACUCCUUUUCUUCAACUAUCAGUAAUUCUUGGGUUGAUGCGUUUACAGAUAGCCAAGUUUUGCUUCAGUCCUGGUCACGACAGGGCGCAAAAUCGCCUAAUGUUAUAGCUGCUGAAAAGCAAUUAUUUGCCAUUGUUUCACGCUCUAACAUUCAUCUCAGUUUACAUCACAUUCCCUCCCGUUUCAAUCUUGCCGACACACCCUCCCGACGACUCUCUUUGCUUGAGUCCAUGUUGUCUUCUGACACCUGGGCUCAGGUUCAAGACCAUUUUGGCGGCCCAUUUGGCCACUCUGUGGAUCUUAUGGCUCUACCUUCAAAUGUGCAACAUGCCUUGUCAGGACAUCCCCUUCCUUUCUUCUUGCCUGUGCCUUCGCCAGGGGCUUCAGGGGUUAAUGUUUUCUCUCAGCUUCCGCACCAUCACGCAUUUUUUCACAAUCUAUAUGCUUUUUCUCCAAUCAUUCUUAUACCGAAAUUGUUGCAUUUUCUUUCCUGCCAUGGUAUUUCUUGUAUGCUGGUUGUUCCUGAUGUACAUCCUUGCAAGUUUUGGUGGCCAUUAUUGCAGCGAUUUCAGUCUGCUUGUUUGGCUACACGUGGCACCCUCAGCAUUGUUUUGCCCCCAACGAAACAUGGGUUUUCCUUAACAUGGCCGUUACCAUGGGAUUUAUGGGUUUUUCGUUUUAUUCCACCAUUGAUGCCGUUUUGAAGGUGGAGUUUCAAGGAACUAUCAAACGGCGAUUAAUUGUGUGUCACAUUUCAUAAGCUAGUGCCAAAUUAUUAUGGCAUUUUUGUAUUGUUAAAUUUAUAGUUCAUCAUAUUACACAAUCAGUUUUCACAAUGCAGUCUCCAGUCUUAUUAGUGUUCACUGCAAUCUAUUUUCCUCACAUUUAGGAUCUGGUCCCGGUUGCUCGGCUUUUUUCCCUGGCAGUUGCGUGUCCAUCAUGCCAAUAUCAAACGAUAGUACAUAUUUAAUUUUUGUCAACGGUGUGGUUAUGCCCAACGUCAAUUAGCUCCUCCGUCACGUAAACCUGUUCAGUAUGAUUUGCCUUCCAUUGAUCGCCGGGUUGCCAAGCUUCAGGAAAAACAUCCCUCAACCACGUAUGCCAAGCGAAAACAGUCGCUAAAAGAUGAAUUAGAAGAUUUUCUCCACGCAUUACUGGGCAAGAAGACCAUGUUUACCACAACCCCUAUCGAUGUUUGCAGGUUCCUCGUUUAUAAGGAUCAUUGUGGUAAAUCCCAGCUUCAUUCCCAAGGUUGUCCUAAUGUAGCAAAGCGCUGUCUUUCAUCUUGUAGCUGUCCAAGGCAUUUAGCGUAUGGUACAGUUGACUCCUACAUCGGCAAAUUACGAGCCAUUUAUUCAGACACGAGUCGACAGGGAGAUUGGAAUCGCGCCUUACAUUUAGGCAAUCCUGCGGCAGAUGAUCUAGUGAAGUUGUACCUCAAGCAAGUGAUGGCAGAACAAUUACAAGCUCACUCCACGCCCAAGCAAGCGCUUCCUAUAUUCCCUUACAACUCUCCCGUUCUUUAG